CUUGGACCUGAUCGAUGAUCCUCAAUUUGCGAAAUACUCAACAGCGUUGUUUAAAAUGGACUUCUUGAUCUGAGUGUGGCGGUCCAGUAUUCUCUGUGUAUUGGCCUAUCAGCUCGAUUGUGACUCAUUGUCUCGUUGUGCUCUAACCUCCAACGCGACAUGUCUUCGUAUCUGAUCAAGCUAGGGCUAGGGUGAAUAUCACCACGAGAAUUUGAAGUCGAAUAAUUGGUAGAUUUAGAAGACGCUGCAGAACGUUCUUGUGUGUCCGUUUCACGGUAGCCAAACGAGGUUCUACUUGGAUACCUAGGAAGAGCCGCUGCUACUGACUCUUCUUUGUUCUAUUGCAUCUCCAUCACGAACCUUGUAUUUUUACACUAUCUCGCUGGCAUCUUACGACGGCUUUUCACUGGAACGACAGCACGGGCAACUCUGAGGAUGGUUCUGUGUCUCUGGACGCGCUUGAAGCGAUUUCUCUCGUUUUCCUCCAAAAGAACAAGCAGUCCCGGUCCGUCAUGUACCACUGAUUCGGCAGCUUUGGAGAGGCCAAAGUCAUACUUGGAUCAGGGCGGUGUACAUGCAAACUUGGAGCCGGCUCCGAUUUGCACCAGUCGAGUUCUCCGAAACGUAACGCUGCGAAGUGAAAGUCCGAUACACCCUGUAAGCAAAGUGCUUAUUUAUCCUGCUUCAUUGAUACACACUCGGCCGAUCUCACAGCAAUCUCUGCAUCCAUGCAAUCAUGUACUACCUGUUGCUUCGCGAUCCACUCCACCCGAGUCUUCGAGAUCACGUUUCCCAGAGCCAAGACAUUUCCGUCAGAUACACGCGGUACUUGUUACAGCAGGAUACGGCCUCAAUAUCACAAUGGAAGGUAUACCGAAUGGUUGGACUGCAUGUCAGCACCCUGAAGGUGCUCUGUAUUUCUUCCAUGAAGCCAAUGUAGUUCUUGUCAUCUGAGUUAAACUGUAAAUUGACUAAAAUUCUUCAGAAAAUCUAUGUAGAUGCCUAUCUCUGUAAUUCUCAAGUAUUUUUUGAGAUUGAAUCUUUUGAAGCCUAGCU